AUGAAAGAGGACAAGGAAAACACUCGUCCGAUGGAGGAAAGGAUGGAGAUAAAAUGCGAAAACAUUGAAAAAACGGAGAAGCCAAAGCCGGAGAAGAAAGAAGCAAUGACGAAGGUAACGUUACGCCAGCUACUGUAGACAGUUAGCUAGCUAAGCCAAAGCAGCUAGCUAGCUACACGGAUUUAACUUGGCUAGCUACUCCUGCUUGCUAACUAGUAAAUCAGGCGUGAUUAGCCUGUAAUUGAACUUUUUUUAAUUGAACUUGGCUAGUUAUCUUUUGAAUGUUGCCUAUUGAAGAGUAACGUUAACAGACAUGUCUAAGUUAGUGAACCUGUUACAGCCAGCUAAACUAGCUAAGUAAGUUAGCUAGUUACCGUUAAGUUAACCAACACUUAGAAGCUUAAACUGCUAUUUUAACAAUCUGACUUGGAUAUUCUCUUAAUAAGUUAAAAUUUGAGUGCCUAUUUUUUUUCCACAGAUCAUUAUCCGACGUCUGCCUCCAAGCAUAACCAAGGAGGAACUGGAGGAACAAUUGCAGCCACUUCCAGAAGUGGACUACCUAGAAUUUUUCGCCAAUGACAGCAGGUGCGUAUAGUCUACUGUUGAUGAACCAUUGUCUGUCAGAAUCACAUAUUUGGUACCCUGGUUACUUACUUAGUUUUUCUUCUAUACAGCAUGUACCCCCACGUCUUCGCCAGAGCAUACAUCAAUUUCAAGAUUCAGGAAGAUAUUGUACUUUUCAGAGACCGGUUUGAUGGAUAUGUGUUCGUUGAUAAUGGAGGUGUGAUACAUUUUAUUUAAAUAAGAUAUUGACGUCUAAUAAUAGUGCUGAGCAUUAACCAACAUUAAAUUUUUUCCCCGGUUAUUAAACAACUAAUUGACUGAUGUCUGUUAAAUUACUUUAAUUCCAUUUAGUUUUUUUGUGAGCCCAACGUACCGUUUCUCUAGAGAAAUCAAAUCAUUCAUGAGAAAAUUAUGUCAAACUAUUCGGGAUGCAGGGCUGAGGAGUUGUAGUUUUCAUCAAGCAAAUAUUCAACCUAGCUCAGCGCAGAAAUGUGGUAAUUAACUACAAUGACCAUAAUCCAUUGUGCCUGUUUUUUCCGGCUCGGACGGUGACAGAUACACUUUUACACCUGCUAUGUUAGGUUACAUAGACACAGACCGCAUGAGAGCGGAAUGUACACAACGAAGAGGGAGAGAGACAGUUUGUGAAAGUAUGCCUUAUCUACUUUAAAGAAAUAGUACAAAUAUUUCGUCAGACAGCUCUGCAGCAUACGUACACAGGCUAGCCUAGCUAAAUAAGAUGACUAAAGACAGUACAGUAUGGGGAGCACAGACAGAGAUUGCAUUAGAUGGUCGGUGCUGGCUGGCUGCUACUGCCUGAGCAGAGAUGAGAUGAUGACUUUAAGGAAUUAAAAAUAGUCAUCAAAUAAAAAAUAAGUUAUAUACAUAACUGAAAUAUUGUAUUCUUCCAUAGUAAUUUCCUAUUUUUCAAUGUUUUGGCAAUUUAAUGUUAACUAUUUUUGGCUUAGGAAUUUCAAUUUAAAAUAUCUAAAAUAAUUGAAUUUCAUAAUGCAUUUAAUGUUUUUAAUUAUCAAAAUGGAAAACCGUGAUAAUUUUUUAAUAAUCGAACUGAAACCGAACUGACCUCAAAAAGCACCAAUAUCUUAGAACUAAUAACCACCACGCAAUAUUAGCCUACAUAUAGCAGCAGCUUCUGAUUGCCUUGUGUGUGUGUUAAUGCUGUGGCUUAUUUUGUUUAACAGGGCAGGAGUAUCCAGCCAUUGUUGAAUUUGCUCCUUUUCAAAAGAUUGCCAAAAAAAGGAGUAAGAAAAAGGAUGGUAAAAGUGGAACAAUAGAUGAAGGUGAAAAUGUUACAUGAGUCAUUUUACGGUUGUUUGCAAUUGCACACCAUUUAGAUCAUCUAGCUCUAGCAAGGCUACAACACAGUUUGUUCUUUUAGAUGCUGACUACAAGAAAUUUCCUGGAGAUUUAUAAUGGCGCUGAUGAAAAGUUUACAUCCACCCCCGAGACUCUACUGGAGGAAAUUGAGGCUAAAACAAAGGAACUAGUAGGUAUGUAAACAUGGAGGUAAACAUAUUUUCUGGUUACAUUUGGUUGAAAUCAAAGCCAGUUGAAACACUCUAGAUGAGUGUCAAUAUGAAAUCAAGUAGUGUUCCCUGCGAAAGGGAUAUUUCGGUAAUAGAUGAGGCAUGAUUUUACAAAUUUUUCCCCCUUUAGCUAAGAAAAUGACUCCCCUCUUGGACUUCUUAAAGAACAAACAGGUAUGUAUUUUAGCUGUGUUCUUGCAUGGUAUAUGAGGCUGGAUAGACUAUUCAUGUGGCUUUUGUCUGCUGAUGGUCAGAGAAUCCGUGAGGAAAAGAAAGAGGAAAGGAGGAGACGAGAGCUCGAACGGAAGCGCCUGCGGGACGAGGAACGUCGGAAGUGGAGGGAGGAGGACAGGAGGAAGCGCAAAGAAGCCGAGAAGUUCAAGAAAGGAGACAAAUCUUCCGAGAAGGAUAAAGACCAAGGGAAGGAGGGGCCAAAAAUCAAGGUAUGGAAAGGAGAAGAAAUCCUGUCAAACUACUCGACUGCAUGAUGAUACAGGUGAUUCCGAAGAGAUUGUAGCAGAAUAAGACUGCUCUUUUCAUGUUGGUUAUGCGUUUUGUCUCUCUGUUCAGCUCCUGAGAAAACCAGACAGAGGAGAUGACGUGGAUGUUGAGAAGCCUAAAGAGAAGUCAAAGAACCCUGAGAAGGACAAGAUGAAAGACGACAGAGCUCCUGGGGGUCCUGAUAUGAAGAAACGCCAAAACCACGAAACCAGGGAGGAUAGGUUAUCAUGGAAGUGAGGGGUCACCACCAUUCUUCUCAGAGAUGUUACAGGUCUUUAAUGUAAAGGCUUAUAUUGUAUUCAUGUAAAUGUGCUUGUCUUUCAGAGCUGAAGAUGGACACAAAGACUUCAGAGAGCGUGACGUAGACAGGGACAGGGACCGCGAACGAGACAAGGAGAGGGAGCAGCGGCAGAAAGAGAAGGAGCGCAUCAGACGACAAGACGAGGAUCGACGAAGGAGGAGGGAACGGCGCGAUGGAGAGAAGUCCUACAGAAAGCGAGAGGAAGAAGGGAGAAAGGAGAAAGGAGAUCAUGUCUGGGAAAGGAGAAAGGGCGAGAAUGCCGGGAACUCCGCAAGCCAUACUGAUAAGCCUAAAAAGUCAGAAGAAACCCUGAGGGAGGAGAAAGCUAAAAGAGAUCGUUUAAGAAACAAGGUAAUAACUUCAGUCUUUCUUGGUAUAUAGUCAAAUACACAUUUUUCCUAAUCAAUUCCUUGGGGUAAUCGGGAUACUCUAUUACAUUUGUACAAUUUUCUCUUGAUUUCCUAUGUUGAUCUGAUCACAUUUCUUAAUACUUUUGUCUUUUUUUUUAGUCUCUUAACCACAGCCAUUUCAUUCCCUUGUGCAUCAGGAUCGGCCUGCCGUUCAGCUAUACCAGCCAGGUGCCAGGAACCGAGGAGGAGGAGGAGGAGGAGGAGGAGAAUCUCAUGCUGGGGAGAGAAAGUCAGAGCGAGACCAAGAGAAGGGAGAUGAAUGAUCAAAAAUUACCACAAAUAAAGAAUGAUAAAACGAUUGAGGAGAGGGAUCUGCUCUGAGCCAAGCAAGCUGGUGCCAGAGAGGCUGCUGCAGUGGUACUCCUGCAGAGCCACAUCCCGUCCUCCCACUCCCAACCAUAGGCAAGGAUGUGACCUCAGUGCCUGAAGGUGCCCCUCUUUUAGUUUUGUUUAUGGAGAAAAGCAAGGGAAAGUUAGCACUUUAAUGUUUGCGAGAGUUCGGCUAUAGGGUGCAACGAGACAAAGCCAACGCUCUAGGACCACAUGAAUUUAAAGUGACCUUACUACAGUAUUGCUACACAGUCUGUGUUACACAUUUGCGAAGCACGGUUCUUAUAUUGAAUAGGCUUUCACCCUCAUUAGUUGUUCAUACAUAAAAACAGUUUCACAUACAUGUUUUCUAUUUUAGGAACAGUGUAGGAGGCUACUGGUUUAAAUAUAUCCGGUUGCUUCUUUCAAAAUCUAACCACCUUUUUAGGUUUAUACAUUUAAAAGUGUGUUUUCUAUUUCCCCAACAAGUCCUUAAUACUCUGUACAGGUAAAAAAAUUCAGGAUAAUUAAAUAGCCAUUUCAUUUAUUUUACAUUUUUAGUCAUUUAGC